AUGGCUGAUAUAGCUCCCCUUUCCCAGACCAUCAUCGCAACAGCAACAAGCACAAUGAGCCCAGACGGAAAUUCAUCGACGUUCAGUGCUGUUCCAAGCACAGCUACUGGGGUAGAAACCUUGAAGCCUGGACAAACGUCCGCUUCGUUCAAACACCCCUUGGACCCACUGUCUGCCGAAGAGAUUCCGGUAGUGUCUCUGGCAGUUCGACAACAUAUUGCUACCAAGACUGAAAUCAAGGCAAUCAAAUUCAUUACAUGCACACUUCUUCCACCUCCCAAGAAAGUUGUUUUGGCUUACCUCGGAAUACCUCUGGGUCCUGGCGAAAAGCCUGAAGCUCCCACGAAGAUUGUUAGGAGAGCCGAAGUCGACUUCCUGGACGUCCUCAAUGGCCGCGCAUACAACUCUGUGUUGAGCCUGAAUGAUGAAACGGCUUCAUGGGAGGUCAACACUUUUACUCUCCUGGAGGAACAUUUCCAUCCCCAAAUAUCUGUGGAAGAGCUCAUUGCAUGUGAGGUUGUCGUAAAAAAUAACCCUAUCAUUCAGAAAUUGGCAGCGGAUGUCGGCGUUCUUCCCGAACAGAUUUUCUGCGAUGGAUGGUCUAUUGGUUAUGAUGACCGUUUCCCUCAGAAACGACGUGUGCAACAGGCACUUGUGUACGCUCGAUUUUCCGAGCACGAUAACUUAUACGCACAUCCUAUGGACUUCAUUCCUGUUAUUGACGCAAACUCGGAAGAACUUCUUGGUGUUGACUUCCCUCCUCACUGGAUUCGCGCCGAGGAUGGAUCAGUUAAGUUGAGCACAUAUAGCACUGCUCCUCCUCCUCUCGCUGCGGACGCUCUCGCGGCAUCUAAACGUGAACGAAUUCCACCCCCUCGUAAGGCAUGGGACUUCUUGCCUGAUCUCAUGGCCGAGACCGAAGAAGGAGGAUACAAACCAAGGACCGACCUGAAACCCUUGCACGUUGUUCAGCCUGAAGGUGUGAGCUUCAAGAUGGACGGUCAUGUUCUGGAAUGGCAGAAUUGGAAAAUGCAUAUUGCUUUCACCCACCGAGAGGGAAUUGCAUUAUCCACUAUCACGUACAACGACCAUGGAGAAAUUAGGCCCAUUAUGUACCGCUUGUCAUUGGCGGAGAUGGUUGUCCCGUACGGUGCACCCGAAUAUCCUCAUCCCAGGAAAUUCGCUUUCGAUUCGGGUGAAUACGGCAUGGGUACAAUGGCAAAUGAACUUUCCCUUGGCUGCGACUGCCUCGGCCAAAUUCAUUAUCUGCCCGGUGCUUUCGUAGCGCACGAUGGAAGCGCGAUGGUCAUCAAGAACGUCAUUUGCAUCCAUGAAGAGGACGCUGGUGUAUUAUGGAAGCACAGCGACUAUCGCCCCAAUGGAAGGUCACAGACCGUGAGACGCAGAAGGCUGGUCAUCAGCAUGGUCUGUACUCUCGCGAACUACGAGUACAUCUGGAACUACCACUUCUAUCAGGACGGAAGCAUAGAAUUUGAGGUCCGCCUGACUGGCAUCCUGUCAGUUUAUCUUAGCAAGGACGGAGAGCCGAACCCAUUCGGCACCACUGUCGCCCCAAACAUUAAUGGGCAUUACCAUCAGCAUAUGUUCAGUGUCCGUGUUGACCCCAUGAUUGACGGUCUCAAGAACACUGUUAUUGAGUCUGACAUCGUCCCUCUUGAUGCCCAAACUGGGUCAAAAGACAAUUUUGCUGGCAACGCCUUCUACUCAAAAGACACGACGGUUGAGGUCGAGUCCGGCAGGAAGUACGACUUUGCGACUGAGCGUAGGUGGCGAAUUGUCAACAAGAACAAGCAACAUUAUAGUUCCGGGAAGGACGUUGGAUAUACCAUUGGUGUCAAGGGUGGAGCUACGCCUAUGAUGGCCAAAGCUGACGGCUGGGCGGCCAGGAGAGCUGCAUUCUUGAAGAAUACUCUUUGGGUUUGCCGAGAUGAAGAGGGCGAAGAUAGCGGAACAGUCAGAAUGUGGCCGGCUGGGAAGUAUGUCCCCCAAACCAAAGAGGAGCCCGAAGACUCUGUCGGUUCUUGGGUUGAAGGCAAGAAGAAUGUCGUAAACGAGGAUCUCUUAGUUUAUGUCACUGUCGGCACUACGCAUAUCCCUCGCCCAGAAGAUUGGCCUGUUAUGCCCGUUGAACACCUUACUGUGUCGUUUAAACCGAAUUCCUUCUUCAAGGCCAAUCCUAGCAUGGACGUACCUGGCAGCAAGGACCCCCUCAGCGUCCCUGCGUUCAAUGAUGCUGCGACCGGUACCAAGGACAGUUGCUGUCAUUAA